GGCAUUCUUUCUUUCGGCUUCUUCCAAGAUGAAGGUGAUGGUGGCAGUGAAGCGGGUCGUGGAUUAUGCUGUCAAGGUUCGAAUCAAGGCGGACAAGAGUGGAGUGGAGACCUCGAACACAAAGAUGUCGAUGAAUCCGUUUUGUGAGAUUGCUGUGGAGGAGGCACUGCGGAUCAAGGAAGCAGGCAGAGCGUCGGAGGUGGUGGUGGUGAGCAUGGGAGGCGAGCAGUGCGUGGAGACUAUCCGUACUGGCUUGGCAAUGGGUGCUGAUCGCGGCCUUCAUGUCAUCACCCAGGAUUCCUCCUCCUUAUUUCCUUUGGCAGUCGCCAAGCUGCUCCAAGCGCUGGUGUCGUCCGAGCAGCCUCGUCUUCUCCUCCUGGGCAAGCAGGCGAUAGAUGAUGAUUGUAAUCAAACUGGACAGAUGGUAGCCGGGCUCUUGGGAUGGCCACAAGCCACAUUCGCAUCCAAGGUUUCAAUAAGUGAUGACAAGGAGAGUGUUUGCGUGGAGAGGGAAGUGGACGGAGGAAUCGAGACGAUCCAGUUGCAACUCCCAGCAGUCGUAACGGCCGACUUGAGAUUGAACACCCCGCGCUAUGCGACCCUGCCCAACAUCAUGAAGGCUAAGAAGAAGAGCAUCCAGAGAGUGACGCCGGAGGAGCUCAACGUUGUCAUUGGCUCUGACUUGGAAGUGCUAGAGGUGACUGAGCCACCCAAGCGAAAGGCCGGUGUCAUGGUCGCCUCCGUGGAUGAACUCCUGGACAAGCUCAAGAACGAGGCUCGGGUGUUCUGAAAGGAUCAAUGAACUCCCUUCUAUUUGACUGCUUC